AUGCCGCCAGUCAUCAACCCCACCAUGUUCUUUAACAUUGCCGUGAAUGGCAAGCCCUUGGGCCACACCUCUUUUGAGUUGUUUGCAGUCAAACUUUCAAAGUUAGUAGAGAACUUUCAUGCUCUGAGCACUGGGGAGAAAGGAUUUGGUAACAAAUUUUCCAGUUUUCACAGGAUUAUUCUGGGAUUUACGUGCCAGGGUAAUGACUUCACAGGCCAUCAUGGCACUGGUGGCAAGUCAAUCUAUGUGGAGAAAUUUAAUCAUGAGAAUUUCAUCCUGAAGCACACAGGUCCUGGCAUCUUGUCCGUGGCAAAUACUGGACCCAGUACAAAUGGUGCCCCGUUUUUCAUCUGCACUGCUAAGACUGAGAGACUGGAUGACAAGCAUGUGGUCUUUGGCAAGGUGAAAGAGGGCAUAAAUAUCUUGGAAGCCAUGGAGCACUUUGGGUCCAGGAACGGCAAAACCAGCAAGAAGAUAACCAUUGCUGACUAUAGAUAAAUCUAAUCAAUUUGACUUAUGUUUUAUCUUAACCACCAGACCAUUCCUUCUGUAGAUGAGAAAAGCAUCCCUUCACCCCCAUCUGCUUGAAAUAUCCUAUACUCUUUGUGCUCUCACUGCAAUUCUAUGAGUUCCAUAUUUUCCUCAUUCCCCUCAAAGUCUAGCUGGUUUGCAGAGUUAAGUUUAUGAUUAUGAAAUAAAAACUGAACAA